AUGAAAGGCAGAAAGUUGCUGCCUUUUGGUGUGCGAACCAUCACAACCUUAGGAGCCAAGAAUCCGCCGUCAGCCGCUAGGUUGCAGGUGGAAUCGUACUGUGAACCCUACCCUCACGAGGUUGUCUUUUUCCUAAACAAGAAAGUUGAUAGCUUGAUAAAAUCCAGGCCGUUUGUGGUUGCUCAGGAGGUGGUUGAUGACUUCUAUUCGAAAAUCACCACAAUCACAAAGCCAUUUAGAGGAUAA